GAUAAAACCCUGCAAUUUACUGGCCUCUGUUGCAGUCAAAUUCAGACAUCCUACUGGAGUGUAUCGCUCAGUCACAGCCUUCCUAAAGCAGAUAACCCUCCCUCGAACAGAAAAUGGAUGAGGAAAUCGCCGCCCUCGUUGUUGACAACGGAUCUGGUAUGUGCAAAGCUGGCUUUGCAGGAGAUGAUGCUCCCCGUGCUGUGUUCCCCUCCAUUGUUGGACGUCCCAGACAUCAGGGUGUGAUGGUUGGUAUGGGCCAGAAAGACAGCUAUGUUGGUGAUGAAGCUCAGAGCAAAAGGGGAAUCCUGACCCUGAAGUACCCCAUUGAGCACGGUAUUGUUACCAACUGGGACGACAUGGAGAAGAUCUGGCAUCACACCUUCUACAAUGAGCUGAGAGUUGCCCCAGAGGAACACCCAGUCCUGCUCACAGAGGCUCCCCUGAACCCCAAGGCCAACAGGGAGAAGAUGACCCAGAUCAUGUUCGAGACCUUCAACACCCCUGCCAUGUAUGUGGCCAUCCAGGCUGUGCUGUCCCUGUAUGCCUCUGGUCGUACCACUGGUAUUGUCAUGGACUCUGGUGAUGGUGUGACUCACACCGUGCCCAUCUAUGAAGGCUACGCCCUGCCCCACGCCAUCCUCAGGUUGGACCUGGCUGGCAGAGACCUCACAGACUACCUCAUGAAGAUCCUGACUGAGAGGGGUUACAGCUUCACCACCACAGCUGAGCGUGAGAUUGUGCGUGACAUUAAGGAGAAGCUGUGCUACGUUGCACUGGACUUUGAGCAGGAAAUGAGCACUGCUGCCUCCUCUUCAUCCCUGGAGAAGAGCUACGAGCUGCCUGACGGACAGGUCAUCACCAUUGGAAAUGAGAGGUUCCGUUGCCCAGAGGCCCUCUUCCAGCCCUCUUUCCUUGGUAUGGAGUCUUGCGGCAUCCAUGAAACUACCUUCAACAGCAUCAUGAAGUGUGACGUGGACAUCCGUAAGGAUCUGUAUGCCAACACUGUGAUGUCUGGAGGUACCACCAUGUACCCUGGCAUCGCUGACCGUAUGCAGAAGGAAAUCACUGCCCUGGCCCCAUCCACCAUGAAGAUUAAGAUCAUUGCUCCCCCAGAGAGGAAAUACUCUGUAUGGAUUGGUGGCUCCAUCCUGGCUUCCCUGUCCACCUUCCAGCAGAUGUGGAUCAGCAAGCAGGAGUACGAUGAGUCCGGCCCCAGCAUCGUCCACAGGAAGUGCUUCUAAACAGACUUGUCAGUCCCCUUCUCCCAAAACACGCACUGCUACAAACGACUGGCUCAGCAUACACGCCUACACCAACACACUGGUGUAUGCUGAGCCCACAACACUCUCUUCCCAUUUCCCUCAUCACUAUGGCACCAUGCCCCCUGAUGGGGAGAUACUCUGCAGGAAGUACAGAGCGUCCCAGGCGGCGUGAAUGUGUGAGAAACAUGAUGUCCAUUGUCGUGUUUGUAUGUCAUUCCAGAUGUGUUUGUUCACCACCUUAUUUGCCUCUAUGAAGGUUUAUUCUCUGGUGGGGCCCACUUGCCCAACAGACCUGUAGUAUUGCUUAUGUAAAUUAUGUAAUCUUUUGUUUUUGUACUUGCAGCCUUAAACGAUACUUGGUCCUGUUUGUUUGUCAUUAUGCAAAAGACGAGGCUUCUACCUUGUAUGAAGGUUUGUGCAUGGGGUUCAAGCCUCUGGUGUACACGACAACCCAAUAAAGCGCACAUGUAUAAGAUUAUG